AUGACCAAGGACCUGCGUGUGUUCAAGCCCGUGCUUGGACAGUUCAUCGCGCAUUUUGAGUCAUCGGGCAAGGCGCGCGCGGCAGUCGGUAGCUUGAUGCCAUUCCACGUCUUUGUGCAAGGAUCCGCCGAUGACUGGGCGCGGGUGCGCAAGGUGCUUUCGCACGCGUUGGCGCAGCAAGACCUCGAGCGCAUCCCAUCCAUGGCGAGUUCGAAGGUCAACGCGCUCGAUGCGUUGCCGUCGUCCGGUACUAGCAUCGGCGUCGUGCCCGAGGUCGUGAUGCCCAAGCUCGCCUUCGACAUGCGCACUGUGCUGCCGCUGCCGUGGGCGUGGCGCUUGCCGUGGACUCGCAACCGCGACGUCCCCCGAGCGCACGUUCCGUCGCUCGUAGCCGCGCGAGGCGUUCUUGGCCCACCAUCGUCGCUUCUGGACGCGAUGGUGGCCGCAACGCCCGAUGGCAAACUCUCGACAAAAGAACUGCGUGACAACCUCCUCGCUCUCCUCUUUGAUAAGACGGCGCAUGCGCUUUCGAUCCUCUUCGACCUCCUUGCGAUGUACCCGGCGGUGCAAGACGAGCUCUACGCAGAGCUGCUCGACGCGUUCCCCAACGGCGCCAGUGAGAUUGCAAAUGCAGCGUCGAGCCCGCUAGGCGCCGUGCCGUACUUGUGCUGGACAGUUGACGAAGUGCUGCGCUUGAAGGCCGCCGUGCCCGUCAUCAGCCGCCAAUGUGUGUCGCCGUGCGUCAUAAACGGCGUCGAGGUCCGCGCCGGCGACGACGUGCUCAUCGACGGUGGCAGUGCCUGCCGGGACGAUGACUGCGGUCCUGGUCAUUUCGACUUGGACGAGUUUCGUCCAUCGCGCUUUGGCGACACACGUGCCGCACUCGACAAGUCGGUGCUGCUGUCGUUUGGCGCAGGAAAGCCUCUAUGCCCCGGGCGCAAUAUCGCGCCCCCCCCGCUGCUGUUCGACCUCAAGCUCACCGUCACGACGCGCGCGGGCGACGGCACGAUGGUCUGGACAAAGCGCAAGUAG